CCGCCAUCACUCCAGGAACCCAGCACCCCGGUGCCUCGGCGCCCAGACUGCUCUCGCCGCGCAUGCUCCUUCCCAGCCUGAGCCCGCGAGUCCAGCCUGCCUUCAUCCAGUGCGCAGGACCGCAGCCCCCUCCCCACGCCCACUCCCCAGUAGGCGGCCGUCGCGGUGUGUUUACGUCAUCGCGCCACGCCACCACUGGAGCCCGGGGGAAGAUGGCGGCAGCCGUUCUGAGUGGGUCCUCUGCGGGCUCCGCGGCUGGGGUUCCUGGCGGGACCGGGGGUCUCUCGGCAGUGAACUCGGGCCCGCGGCUCCGCCUGCUGCUGCUGGAGAGUGUUUCUGGUUUGCUGCAACCUCGAACGGGGUCUGCCGUUGCUCCGGUGCAUCCCCCAAACCGCUCGGCCCCACAUUUGCCCGGGCUCAUGUGCCUAUUGCGGCUGCAUGGGUCGGUGGGCGGGGCCCAGAACCUUUCAGCUCUUGGGGCAUUGGUGAGUCUCAGUAAUGCACGUCUCAGUUCCAUCAAAACUCGGUUCGAGGGCCUGUGUCUGCUGUCCCUGCUGGUAGGGGAGAGCCCCACAGAGCUAUUCCAGCAGCACUGUGUGUCUUGGCUUCGGAGCAUUCAGCAGGUGUUACAGACCCAGGACCCGCCUGCCACAAUGGAGCUGGCUGUGGCUGUCCUGAGGGACCUCCUCCGAUAUGCAGCCCAGCUGCCUGCACUGUUCCGGGAUAUCUCCAUGAACCACCUCCCUGGCCUUCUCACCUCCCUGCUGGGCCUCAGGCCAGAGUGUGAGCAGUCAGCAUUGGAAGGAAUGAAGGCUUGUAUGACCUAUUUCCCUCGGGCUUGUGGUUCUCUCAAAGGCAAGCUGGCCUCAUUUUUUCUGUCUAGGGUGGAUGCCUUGAGCCCUCAGCUCCAACAGUUGGCCUGUGAGUGUUAUUCCCGGCUGCCCUCGUUAGGGGCUGGCUUUUCCCAAGGCCUGAAGCACACUGAGAGCUGGGAGCAGGAGCUACACAGUCUGCUGGCCUCACUACACACCCUGCUGGGGGCCCUGUAUGAGGGAGCAGAGACCGCUCCUGUGCAGAACGAAGGCCCUGGGGUGGAGAUGCUGCUGUCCUCAGAAGAUGGCGAUGCCCAUGUCCUUCUCCGGCUUCGGCAGAGGUUUUCGGGACUGGCCCGCUGCCUAGGGCUCAUGCUCAGCUCUGAGUUUGGAGCUCCCGUGUCCGUCCCUGUGCAGGAAAUCCUGGAUUUUAUCUGCCGGACCCUCAGCGUCAGUAGCAAGAAUAUUAGCUUGCAUGGAGAUGGUCCCCUGCGGCUGCUGCUGCUGCCCUCUAUCCACCUUGAGGCCUUGGACCUGCUGUCUGCACUCAUCCUCGCAUGUGGAAGCCGGCUCUUGCGCUUUGGGAUCCUGAUCAGCCGCCUGCUUCCCCAGGUCCUCAAUUCCUGGAGCAUCGGUAGAGAUUCCCUCUCUCCCGGCCAGGAGAGGCCUUACAGCACGGUUCGGACCAAGGUGUACGCGGUGUUAGAGCUGUGGGUGCAGGUUUGUGGGGCCUCGGCGGGAAUGCUUCAGGGAGGAGCCUCUGGAGAGGCCCUGCUCACCCACCUGCUCAGUGACAUCUCACCGCCAGCUGAUGCCCUUAAGCUGCGUAGCCCGCGGGGGAGCCCUGAUGGGAGUUUGCAGACUGGGAAGCCCAGCGCCCCCAAGAAGCUAAAGCUGGAUGUGGGCGAAGCUAUGGCCCCGCCAAGCCACCGGAAAGGGGAUAGCAAUGCCAACAGUGAUGUGUGUGCGGCUGCACUCAAAGGCCUCAGCCGGACCAUCCUCAUGUGUGGACCUCUCAUCAAGGAGGAGACUCACAGGCAGGGUGAGGUCCUAGGCAGCUCCCCGUACACGAGCUCCCGCUGCCGUCGUGAACUCUACUGCCUGCUGCUGGCACUGCUGCUGGCCCCUUCUCCUCGCUGCCCACCUCCUCUUGCCUGUGCCCUGCAAGCCUUCUCCCUCGGCCAGCGAGAAGAUAGCCUUGAGGUCUCCUCUUUCUGCUCAGAAGCACUGGUGACCUGUGCUGCUCUGACCCACCCCCGGGUUCCUCCCCUGCAGCCCAUGGGCCCCACCUGCCCCACACCUGCUCCAGUUCCCCCUCCUGAGGCCCCAUCGCCCUUCAGGGCCCCACCCUUCCAUCCUCCGGGCCCCAUGCCCUCAGUGGGCCCUAUGCCCUCAGCAGGGCCCAUGCCCUCAGCAGGACCCAUGCCUUCAGCAGGCCCUGUGCCCUCGGCACGCCCUGGACCUCCCACCACAGCCAACCACCUAGGCCUUUCUGUCUCAGGCCUAGUGUCUGUCCCUCCCCGGCUUCUUCCUGGCCCCGAGAACCACCGGUCAGGCUCAAAUGAGGACCCCAUCCUUGCCCCUAGUGGGACUCCCCCACCUACUAUACCCCCAGAUGAAACUUUUGGGGGGAGAGUGCCCAGACCAGCAUUUGUCCACUAUGAUAAGGAGGAGGCAUCUGAUGUGGAGAUCUCCUUGGAAAGUGACUCUGAUGACAGCGUGGUGAUCGUGCCCGAGGGGCUUCCCCCCCUGCCACCCCCACCACCCUCAGGUGCCACACCACCCCCUAUAGCCCCCACUGGGCCACCAACAGCCUCCCCUCCUGUGCCAGCCAAAGAGGAGCCUGAAGAACUUCCUGCAGCCCCAGGGCCUCUCCCGCCACCCCCACCUCCGCCCCCGCCUGUUCCUGGUCCUGUGACGCUCCCUCCACCCCAGUUGGUCCCUGAAGGGACUCCUGGUGGGGGUGGACCCCCAGCCCUGGAAGAGGAUUUGACGGUUAUUAAUAUCAACAGCAGUGAUGAAGAGGAGGAGGAAGAGGAAGAAGAGGAAGAAGAAGAAGAGGAAGAAGAGGAAGAGGAAGAAGACUUUGAGGAAGAGGAAGAGGAUGAAGAGGAAUAUUUUGAAGAGGAAGAAGAGGAAGAAGAAGAGUUUGAAGAAGAGUUUGAGGAAGAAGAAGGUGAGUUAGAGGAAGAAGAAGAGGAGGAGGAUGAGGAGGAGGAAGAAGAAUUGGAAGAGGUGGAAGAGCUGGAGUUUGGCACAGCAGGAGGGGAGGUAGAAGAAGGUGGACCUCCACCCCCAACCCUGCCUCCAGCUCUGCCUCCCCCUGAGUCUCCCCCAAAGGUGCAGCCUGAGCCAGAACCAGAACCCGGGCUGCUGUUGGAAGUGGAGGAGCCAGGGGCAGAGGAGGAGCAUGGGGCUGACACAGCUCCCACCCUGGCCCCUGAAGUGCUCCCCUCCCAGGGAGAGGUGGAGAGGGAAGAGGGGAGCCCCUCGGCAGGCCCCCCUCCCCAAGAGCUUGUUGAAGAAGAGCCCUCUGCUCCCCCAACCCUGCUGGAAGAGGGAACUGAGGAUGGGGGUGACAGGGUACAGCCCCCACCAGAGACACCUGCAGAGGAAGAGAUGGAGACAGAGACAGAGGCUGAAGCUCUCCAGGAAAAGGAGCAGGAUGACACAGCUGCCAUGCUGGCCGACUUCAUCGAUUGUCCCCCUGAUGAUGAGAAGCCACCGCCUCCCACAGAGCCUGACUCCUAGCCAUCUUCUGCACCCCACUCUUUGUUUCCAAUAAAGUUUUAUGUCCUUAGAUAGCGA